AUGGCGGAGCACCAACAACCGCCAGCCGGCACAGAUCCGUCGACAACGGCAGCCGGACAUACCGCACCGGCUGCCACCGGCACCGACGCGAGAGGCGCCUCUGCCAUGGGCGAAGAUGGCGACCAGGCGCCUCCUGCGCCGCUCGUGCCGGGCGUCAAGGCGACUCGUCUGCAGUCGAUCUACGCGCAGGCCCUCGGCGGCACGCUCAAGAAGCUGAGCUGGGCCAACUUUGCGGGGUGCUACCCGACGAUUGCGAAGCGUGCGGACGGUGUGCUGCGGAAGCUGCAAGAGCAAAUGGCGAAUCAGCUCCAGGGCCGAUGCGAGAAGGAGUUUGAAAAGAUUCUGGAAAGCAGGCAGGUGGUGGCCAAGCUCAACGAGCUCGAAGCACUGGUGGGCGACGCGGAAAAGGCAAGGGAAGAGGCACAGGCUGCUGGCAUCAAGGAGGAACCUACGCCACCGCACACGCUCCCUCCACAAGCCAUUCUCGCCGGGCACAUGCACCCGGCGCUCGCGCGGCACCAGUCGCAGCUGCACGCGCAGCUGCAGGCGACGCAGAGCCAGAACGCGCUGCUGGUGGACGAGGUGCGCCGCCAGCGCGCCGAGGUCGACGAGCUCCUCGCCCGGCUCGAGGACGCGGCCGCCGACGUGCGCGGCGCCAACGAGGUCCUGGCGGGCAUCGUCGGGCCGCUGGCCGAGGAGACGCGUCAAGACGCCGAGCACGUCUGA